UCCGUAUGUUAAAUAUUCUGUAAUUUAAGUUAAUUCAAUUACAUUUACUUAUAUUACUAACUCAAAUUCAAUAAAAAUUGCGAACACUAAGACAAGAAAUAUCAGCUGUGCAUAAACUCCAAAAAGCAAUGCCUUCCGGAUAUGUAGAUACGCACGCCUCUGUUUUGAAUUUACGCGGUGGCAAUUUUGUGUAAUGUGAAAUUUGGUGCGUGGACAUGUUUCUCGGAGUGGGUGAUACCUACACAUAUUUUUGAAGGUUGUACGAUUAUUGUUCAACGAAACCUUACGUUAAAUUAAUAAAAAAUUGCAGGAAAGGAAACAUCUACUUUGAAGAAACAAUUGCGGAAUUAUUUUACUGUAAACUGUACUCCAGAAUUAGCCAUAUGACACAUGGUACAAAUAAUAUAAUUUUGGAUCUUUUUUUCUAUGAAAAUCAGUUUAAACUAACAUUCAUAUAAAAGAAGUUGAAAUAAACAUUGUAAUUAGAAAAAAUUAUUCGCUAGAAGUAUAUUUGGUUGCAUAACUAUUAGUGUGAAAUUACACAGAAUAAGUUUACACGAUAUCACACGACAAUUUUAUUUCUUCUGACUAAAUCAGCGCUAUCCAAAUGUGAAAAUAUUAACUACUAAUUUCUUUUACAUCAUAAAAAAUAGUAGCAAAGGUAAGUGUAUAUUUUGAAAUAGCAGUUAAGUUAUGAAAGUAGAUGUUUAAAAUAUUACACUUGAAACAUUUAGACUUUUGUUUUGUUGAACUCCGUAAUCUGAAAACUAAUUGUUAAAAUCAUAAAAAAAGUAUGAGUAGCAUGAACUCCUUAUAAUUUUUAAGAAUCAUGAGUUAGAAUCAAAUAUUAAUUCACUAAUACACUGUUAAAAUAAAUUUUUUUUAAAUUUGUUAUUUUUCAACUAUAUUUUUUAUGUUGGUACCUACUUGGAUUGAUUUGACAUUGAUUUAUAUAUGAAACGUCUAUGACAUAGUUCGUUUGUGGUUCGUAACCAAAAAGAAGAAUAUAUAAUAAAAUAGGUUACGUGAUUGUAGAGUAACUAGAUUUAUAAAAUUAGAAUUUGGAACAAAAUUUUUAGAGAGAAAUAUGUUGAUACGUUACUUAAUUCUAUCAAUAUUUUUAAUUCAAAUUAUUCAGUGUGGUUUAACUCAUCAAGAUAGUGAUGAACUUGAUUCGUUAGACAAUGAUUUUGCUGAAUUUGAAGAUUUUGAUGUUGAAGACGAACAAAAUGUACCUGAGGAAAAUUUGAAUACAGCACCAAAGUCAUCAGAAAAAAUACUGAUUGAAGAUGAAAUAGAUAUAAUAGUGAAUGAUGAAGAUGACGAUUCGGAAUUUGAGCACUUCCAAGAUGUGGAAGAAUUUGAAGGUUUUGAAAUAAAAGAAGAACAAGUAGAGAGUGAACCGAAAAUAACAAUAGCCAAAGUACCUGUAAACUUCCGCCAAAACUGGGAUAGUUAUUAUUUAGAAAUAUUGAUGUUGUCAGGAUUAGUGGUGUACUUUAUAAAUUUCGUCACUGGGAAAAGUAAAAAUGGCAAAAUUGCUAAUACUUGGUUCAAUACUCACAGACAACUAUUGGAAGAUAAUUUUUCUUUAGUUGGAGAUGAUGGUUCUUUAGAUAGGAACGAAAAUGUUAAUUUAAUUAAAGAAAGUGAAAAUGUAUUUACCCUUUGGUGCAGUGGAAGAACAUGUUGCGAAGGUAUGCUUGUGGAACUCAAACUAAUAAAGAGACAAGAUUUACUAGCUAUACUAUCUGGUAUGAUGCGUCCUACUAUGGACCAAAUCCACAUCACUGUCCGCAUGAACAAAGAAGACAUGGACACUUUUAUAUUUUGUCUCGCCGCUAAAAAAACGGCCCAACAACUCGUUAAAGACAUGGCAGAUUUAAGUGUAUAUUGUCCAGAACGUAAACCUGGUGAUAAAUUCAAUGUUUCGUCAUCUUUUAAUGUAAUGAGUGAAAUUGGAGAAGCCACGUCUGCUAUUUUGGAUAGUAAAGUUUCAACUGUAAUCAAUAAAUAUCCUGAAUAUAUCGAUUUUAUUCAUUUUUCCGAUCAAUACUCUGGAGUAAAACAGACUGAGGAUAGUGGAGCUUUAAAAUUACCUGAGACUGAAAAAGUGCUUAUGUUCAACUUCAAUAUUCCAGUUAAAGGAAUGUCUCUCGAAGAGGCUUGUUCAAAGUUAACUCCACUUAUGAAUAUGGUAUUUUAUUGUAUAGAUAAAGUUAAACGUAUCAGACUUACUAAAGAAGCAAAAACUAAAGCGGAUAAGAAUCGCCAGAAAGUUGAAGAAGCCUUUUUGAAGUCGACACAUCAAGCUAGGGCAGAAGCUGCUGCUGCCAGAAAAGAAGAAAAGAGACGUUUGGAAAAGGAGAAGAUAAUGGCGGAAGAUGAUCCAGAACGACAAAGACGUUGGGAGAUCAAGGAAGAGAAGAGGCAAGCGAAAAAGAGAGGACCCAAAAUGAAACAAUUAAAAGUGAAGGCUUUGUAAAUAAAUCGAUCUCCUUUUCUAUUUAUAGUUUCCGGUAGUUAAAUAAAACGAUUCUUGUUGUACGGAU